ACAGCUGCGCUGAAAGACCACAUCAAGACGCCUAUGGCCACCGAUAUCCCUGUCAUUUCCUCCGAUACCUCGUCACUGAUUCAACCCGAUUUCUCCAUCUCUUCUCGUAUUCUCUUCUCUCUCACUGAACCAGGCUAUUGAGGUGACAUGAGUGAUUCAAUUGAUUUAUCCGGUGAUGGAGGUGUUGUCAAGACAAUCUUGAGGAAAGCGAAAGCUGAUGCGCUUUGUCCUUCGGAUGAUCUUCCUCUUGUUGAUGUUCAAUACGAGGGCACACUUGCUGAAACCGGUGAAGUUUUUGAUACGACACGCAUGGAUAAUACUGUGUUCUCAUUUGAACUUGGGAAGGGCUCGGUGAUUCAGGCAUGGGAGAUUGCAGUGAAAACCAUGAAGGUUGGGGAGGUUGCAAAAAUUACUUGCAAACCAGAAUUUGCUUAUGGCAGUGCAGGUUCUCCGCCAGAUAUCCCACCUGGCGCAACUCUAAUUUUUGAGGUGGAGUUAGUGGCCUGCAAGCCACGGAAGGGUUCCAGCGUGACCAGUGUUUCAGAAGAGAGGGCCAGGCUCGAGGAGCUGAAGAAGCAGAGGGAGCUUGCUGCUGCAGCUAAAGAGGAAGAGAAGAAGAGGAGAGAAGAAGCUAAAGCCGCUGCAGCAGCCCGAAUACAAGCCAAGCUGGAAUCGAAGAAAGGUCAAGGGAAGGGGAAGGGAAAGGCAAAAUAGGGCUAUGUCGCUGUUAACUUCAUGAAGAACGAAUGUUCGAUAAAUGAUAAGACAUAUGCAGGGAACAUUUGUUGUGUGCUUAUUGACUUUACCAUAUUAUGAUAUGAAGGACCUUUAAAUUAUAAGCUGUUAAUACCUUAGCUUUUCAGUUAUGGCUUAGUCAAGAUUAAGAUGGUGCGGGCCCUGGUGGUGCUCAUGCCUCUGAUAUAAAGUCCUAGACCGUUCUCACCUGGGAUGGUGAACUGGGUUAUCUUCUUGGAUUGGGCAAAGAGCUAGAAAGGCCGAGCCUGCUAGUGUCCCCUCCUUGCUCAGAACAGAUGGCCAACGCAUCAUGCCCGAGCUUUAAAAAGGAAUCAAUCUAUUACUUAA